AUGAAGCCUAGGAGACCAACUUCUUUCACGAGGGAAAUACCAACUGUGGAACCAGAUUCUACCUCGGUAUCUAGGCCAGAAUGGGAACCUGAAACACAGCAGAGACCUAUAAUCCAGCCAGAUCCUGGGUCAGAAACAACCCUCACAGACCAUCUAGGAUCAAAGAUGCUGCAGGAAUUUGGUACCCCACAGACACCAAGUCUCCCGCAUGAGCCCACUGCCCAGCAUGAAGCUGAAUUCCAGCAGAAACCAAGAGUUCCACAAAAAUCUGCUCUGCUCCAGAAGAUCCUCAGCCCACUAGCCUCCCCUGCACCACAGCAAUCACCUCCCAGCCAGAAAGUGCUCUUGGAUCAACAGGAAGCCACCUCCCACUGGGGACCAGAGGCAGGAAAAAUGUCUACAACUCCACAGGAAUCACAACCCAGAAAAGAGCAUGUGGGGAUGACAGGAGCUGGACCAACAGAACCACCUCCAGCUCCACAUGAAGUGGAGGCUACAUCUACAACCCAGGCUGGACCUGGACCCCCAAAGAAAUCCCCUGCCCAAAUUUACUCUCCAUCCCAAGAGAGACUUGAACAAUCAGAUCCUACAACCCAGCAAACACCUGAGGUCCAAGAAACCAAAUCCAAACAGGGAUCUGUGAGGGAAUCCGGUUUUUUAACAAGGCUGCAGGAACUAUCCAUACAGCGAACAGCCCAAGAGUGGAAGACAUUUUUUGACUGGAUUACGGAGUCUGACACAGAGGGACAUCGGAGUUCAUCUUCACAGUCAAAUCUUCCAGAGCCAAAGAGUGGAAUGGUGAUCCCAGGAAUGCCACUAACCUUCAAAGAGAAACCUGACUGUGAGAAGGUGCCCGGAUAUGGCGGGAAAUCACUACAUAGGAUGAAAGCCAGCAGCCUCCAGCCUCACAAACACUUCUGGGACACAGCCUCAGCGUUCUCACACAGCAUGGAUCUGCGCACAAUGACACAGUCGCUGGUGACACUCGCAGAAGACAACAUGGCCUUCUUCUCAAGCCAGGGCCCCGGAGAGACAGCUCGGCGGCUGUCCAAUGUCUUUGCAGGUGUUCGAGAACAGGCCCUGGGACUGGAGCCAACCCUAGGCCAGCUGCUGGGUGUGGCACACCAUUUUGACCUGGACACAGAGACACCAGCCAAUGGAUACCGAAGCUUGGUGCACACAGCUCGUUGCUGCCUAGCACACCUACUACACAAAUCCCGCUAUGUGGCCUCCAACCGCCGAAGUAUCUUUUUCCGUGCCAGCCACAACCUAGCAGAAAUGGAGGCCUACCUGGCUGCUCUUACCCAGCUCCGUGCCCUGUCCUACUAUGCCCAGCGCCUGCUGGCUAUCAACCGACCAGGGGUGCUCUUCUUUGAGGGUGAUGAAGGACUCACUGCUGACUUCCUGCAAGAGUAUGUCACGCUGCAUAAAGGUUGUUUCUAUGGCCGCUGCCUGGGCUUCCAGUUCACGCCUGCCAUCCGGCCGUUCCUGCAGACCCUCUCCAUCGGACUGGUGUCCUUCGGGGAACACUACAAACGCAACGAGACAGGCCUCAGUGUGACUGCCAGUUCCCUCUUCACCGGUGGCCGAUUCGCCAUAGACCCAGAGUUGCGUGGGGCUGAGUUUGAACGGAUCAUUCAGAACCUGGACGUGCACUUCUGGAAAGCCUUCUGGAACAUCACUGAGAUCGAGGUGUUGUCGUCCCUGGCUAACAUGGCAUCAACCACUGUGAGGGUAAGCCGCCUGCUCAGCCUACCACCCGAGGCCUUUGAGAUGCCACUAACCUCUGACCCCAAGCUCACAGUUACCAUCUCACCUCCCUUGGCACACACAGGCCCAGGGCCUGUGCUAGCCAGGCUCAUCUCCUAUGAUCUGCGUGAAGGACAGGACAGCAAGGCACUCAACAGCCUGGUGAAAUCUGAGGGCCCACGCCUGGAACUGCGCCCACGACCCCAGCAGGCACCCCGCUCACGGGCCCUAGUAAUCCACAUCCAUGGUGGCGGCUUUGUGGCACAGACCUCCAAGUCACAUGAGCCCUACCUCAAGACCUGGGCCCAGGAGCUAGGAGUUCCCAUCAUCUCCAUCGACUACUCCCUGGCCCCUGAGGCCCCCUUCCCCAGAGCGCUGGAGGAGUGUUUUUUUGCCUACUGCUGGGCUGUCAAGCACUGUGACCUGCUCGGGUCAACAGGAGAGCGGAUAUGCCUUGCAGGGGAUAGUGCAGGCGGGAACCUCUGCAUCACUGUGUCCCUUCGAGCAGCAGCCUACGGAGUGAGGGUGCCAGAUGGCAUCAUGGCAGCCUACCCAGUCACCACCCUGCAGCCCUCUGUCUCUCCCUCUCGUCUUCUGAGCCUCAUGGACCCACUUCUACCAUUGAGUGUACUCUCUAAGUGUGUCAGUGCCUAUUCAGGGACAGAGACAGAGGACCACUCUGACUCAGACCAGAAGGCACUGGGCGUGAUGGGGCUGGUACAGAGAGACACAUCCCUAUUCUUCAGAGACCUCCGCCUGGGUGCCUCCUCGUGGCUCAACUCUUUCCUGGAGCUAAGCGGACGCAAGCCCCAAAAGACCUCAGCUCCUACAGCAGAGCCUGUGCGUCCCCAGGAGUCAAUGCGCAGGAGUGUGUCUGAGGCAGCUCUGGCCCAGCCAGAGGGCUUGCUGAACACUGAUAGCCUGAAAACUCUGACGAUAACGGACUUGAGCUUUAAGGGCAAUUCAGAGACGUCAGACACCCCCGAGAUGUCACUGUCAAUGGAGACACUUGGCCCCUCCACACCCUCCGAUGUCAACUUUUUUCUGCGACCUGAGAAUUCCCAGGAAGAGGCCGAAGCCAAAGAUGAUGUGGGCACCAUGGACAGAGGCCCCCGCGUGCGCGCUCCGUUCCCUGAGGGUUUCCGCCCCAGACGCUCAAGCCAGGGUAUCCUCCGCAUGCCCCUCUACUCGUCACCCAUCGUCAAGAACCCCUUCAUGUCUCCUCUGCUGGCCCCUGACAGCAUGCUGAAGACCCUGCCUCCUGUGCACAUGGUGGCGUGCGCUUUGGACCCCAUGCUGGAUGACUCUGUCAUGUUCGCGCGGCGACUGCGCGAUCUGGGCCAGCCCGUGACGCUGAAUGUGGUAGAGGACCUGCCGCAUGGCUUCCUGAGCCUGGCGGCGCUGUGCCGCGAGACCCGGCAGGCCGCGGAGCUGUGCGUGCAGCGCAUACGGCUCGUCCUCACCCCGCCAUCCACACCGCUGAUCUGAGCCGGAGCUGGGGACGGCGGGGGGCGGCACUAAAAGACCUCUUGCUCCUAUCUGUGCGGGCCUCCGUGAUGAGUGCACUCCGGGACCGGCUCUAGGUCCAUCCGGCCCCUCGGUCGGACUGGGCGGGAAGGGGUGGGCUGUGCCUUAUAAUUUGGGACCGUAAGUGGGGCGGGGCAGGAAUCGAAAGCAGAGCCUGGGGGAGGGGGAUGCACACACACCUGUUACCGAGACAGCUGGACCUUCAAUUCACUCCACCACUGCCUUCUACUGCUGCUGUGACCGGCCAAGGCUAGUCGGUUUUGUCUUUUGUAAAUAAAAGUUAUUUAAUUAGUUAGGCCUUUUUUAAAAACAGGAAAUGUGUUUGGCCAACAGGUGGCAGCACUGGAUUCAAGCAGCUGAGAAAGGGGAAACUAGAAUAUGUGGAACCCUGCUCUAGCUUUGCUCACAACCAAAACCACCUAAGAUGCCUGGGAUCAUCCUUAAAGCCUCGGAGGCCUAGCCCCUGGUAGGCUCUGAGUUUAGCGAGACAAUUUAAACGCAAGGCUUGCCCCUGGGGCUACUGAUCCAAGGUUCAGGGAGUUCUGUUUCACAGAAGAGAUGGCCUUGACCUUAAGAGAGCACAGGGUUGGAGAGCUGGCUCAGCGGCUAAGAGCACUAAAUGCUCUUCCAGAGGACCCACAUUCAAUUCAUGGCACCCAUAUGGGAGUUCAUAAAUGUAAUCCAAUCCCAGGGCCUCCAAAGGCACCAGGUAUGAAUAUGGUACACAGACAUCAUGCA